AUGGCUAAUAAGUCUGUUGUGACUGAAUUUGUUUUGCUGGGACUCUCUAAUUCCUGGGAACUACAGAUAUUUUUCUUUAUAGCAUUUUCAUUCCUUUAUGUGGCAACGAUGGUGAGCAACAGCAUGAUACUCGUCAUCGUCAUGUCUGACUCUCACCUACACUCUGCUAUGUACUUCCUGCUCACCAACCUUUCUGUUAUUGACAUGUCUCUUGCUUCCUUUGCCACCCCCAAGAUGAUCAUAGAUUAUCUAACUGAUCACAAAACAAUCUCUUUUAAUGGAUGCAUCACCCAGAUAUUCUUUCUUCAUCUGUUCACUGGUACGGAGAUUAUUUUACUAAUGGCUAUGUCUUUUGACAGGUAUAUUGCAAUUUGUAAACCUCUGCGUUAUGCUUCAAUCAUUAGUCCUCAGGUGUGUAUUGCCUUUGUUGUGUCUUCAUGGGUUGUGGGAACCAUGCAUUCUAUGAGUCAGGUCGUAUUUGCCCUCACAUUGCCAUUCUGUGGCCCCAAUGAGAUAGACAGCUUCUUCUGUGACCUUCCUGUGGUGUUCCAGCUGGCUUGUGUGGAUACUUAUGUUCUCGGUCUCUUUAUGAUUUCUACAAGUGGCAUUAUUGCACUGUCUUGCUUUAUUCUGUUAUUUAACUCGUAUGUGAUCGUGCUGUUUACAAUAAAGCACCAUGCGUGCAGAGGAUCAUCUAAGGCCCUUUCUACUUGUACAGCUCAUUUCAUUGUUGUCUUCAUGUUCUUCGGGCCAUGCAUCAUCAUCUACAUGUGGCCACAAAACAGUUUUGUGAUAGAAAAGGGUCUUUCUGUGUUUUAUACCAUCUUCACUCCCAUUCUGAACCCAGUUAUAUAUACUUUGAGAAACCAAGAAGUAAAUUCCGCCAUGAGGAAACUGAGAAGUAAGUUCCUAAACUUCAAUACAGAAACUUCCUCCCAUUCUUUUUAG